UUGGUCUUCAAUGGGGUGGACGAGAGAAGAGAACAGAAGAUUUGAGGAUGCUCUUGCAGUGUAUGGGCCGGAAGACCCAGAUAGGUGGCAACAUGUGGCCAACGCGGUGGCCGGAAAAUCGCCACAAGAAGUGAAAAGGCACUAUGAGAUCCUCAUGGAGGACGUCAAUCGAAUUGAGCGUGAUCAGAUCCCUUUACCCCGAUAUGUUCACUCCAGGCGAACAGCCCAGGACCCCUGCGGGAUGAUAAGGAACCUAAAUCUUCGUUGAAGCAAGACUCUUGAGCUCUAUGAAGUUACUGGGUGUUGUAUGAGACAUCUGUGGAGGUAUAUGCGCUAGUGAAGUGUAACCUAGCAGCCUCUAUAGUUUCAUUGGGUGUCUGUCUUUUUUGUAAUUUUCUGUGUAUGAGCAAUGUGGUCAUGUUCCCCUUAUUUUAACUCGUUGUAAGAAAUAUGAGGAAAUGCAUAGCGCUUAAUAUGUGAA